AUGUCUUUCUUCAAACGCGUAGGCGCACUCACGUGCGUGUUCGUGGCCGGUAGCCUGUUGGCUGCUCACUCCACAACCGCUCAAGCGGAAGCUCUUACCUUCACCGAUAUUGCUGGCCGGGAAGUCACCCUGCCGGAGAUGCCGGACAAGAUCAUUCUCGGCGAAGGCCGAAUGAUGUACGGGAUCGCACCGCUCAUCGAAGGCAAUCCGUUCGAGAAGAUCGUCGGCUGGAAAAGUGACCUGGUCCAGUACGAUCCGGAUGCGUUCCGCAAGUACCAGGGCGUAUUCCCGGACGAUACGGCGCGGAUGAUCGACUUCGGCAAUCCUUAUGCUGGUGAUUUUUCCAUUGAAGCCGUGCUGGAGGCGGAAACAGACCUGGUGUUGCUUGAUGUCGGCAACCUCUUCAAGGCCGAAGAAACAGGCCUCAUCGAAAAGCUCGGCAAUGCCGGCGUUCAGGUCGCCUUUAUCGAUUUCCGCCGCAACGCCACGGAGAAUGCAGUGCCUUCGAUGCUGAUCCUCGGCCGGAUUUUCGGCGAGGAAAAACGCGCUGCAGAAUUUAUCGAUUUCUACAUCGCGCAGAUGCGCAAGGUAACGAAUAUUGUCGACACGAUCCCGGCCGAAGACCGCCCGCUUGUCGUCGUUGAAAAUGCCGCCGGAUGGCAGACCGAUUUCUGCUGCCGGUCAUUCGGCCCCUAUAAUUACGGCCGUUUCGUCGAACUCGCCGGAGGCAAGAACUACGGGUCCACGCUUGCCAAUGCCUAUUCCGUUGAUCUGAACCUGGAAGGCAUCAUCGAAGCGGAUCCCGAUGUUGUGUUCGGCACAGGUGCGAACUGGAAAGAAGCACGUCCGGAAGUCACCUCGACACUGCUUGGCUACGACGGCGAUCCGGAAGUGAACGGCGACCGCCUUUCUGCGCUUGCCGCCCGCCCUGGUUUCGCUGAUUUGCGUGCCGUCAAGGAAGGCCGAUUCCACUCGAUCUAUCACCAGUUCUACAAUUCACCGUAUCACUUCGUGGCAGUCCAGGUCCUGGCGAAAUGGCUGCAUCCGGAGGAUUUUGAAGAUCUUGAUCCGGAGGCAACCUUCAAGGAACUGCACGGCAGGUUCCUUCCUUAUGAGCCUUCCGGUCAAUUCUGGAUCUCCCUGAACAACUAG